UGGUGUUCCCUUAAACCGGAAUCACUGAUCGUCAUUAGAGCGCUGAGGGAAAAGUUCUGUUACUAAAUCCAUUUACAUUAGGCCUACUAAUAUAUUUCAGAUUCAUAAUAAUUUAACAGAUAAUAAUUUUCUUUCAGUCAAAUUUUAUAAUACUCUGAUCAACGCUUCUUGUCGAAAGUGUUCAUUUCGUUAAGCAGAUGUAUAGUUCCGCACGAUCGGACACAUUUCGGCGUUGCACGUAGCAGAAAGCGAAACCACUGUUUACAAACACAAAGUUGGUGACAGCGACAAAUAUCACAAACAGCAGGAUAUAGCUGUUUACUGUUGUUUUGUUCGCCAGAACAAGACUUAGUGUGAAUGGACGCUUUGAGCCUCUGACCUUAUAAAAGAGGUCAUACGUGACGGUCAUGAUGGUGGAGGAAGCUGGUAAGCUUCAGCUCCGGCGUCUGGAGCCACCCAUACAGAAAUUCAUUAAAGUGGCCAUCCCCACAGACCUAGAAAGACUGCACCUGCAUCAGCACAACAUAGAAAAGUUUCAGAAAAGCAGACAGUGGGACAAACUGCAUCAAGAGCACAUCAACUCCAGCCGCACAGUCCAGCAGUUGCGUUCUAACCUGCGGGAGAUGGAGAAGCUGUGUGGGCGUGUGCGCAGUGCCGAUGCCGCAGACCUGGAGAAACUUGUUCAGCCAAUCAGAGAGCGUGCCUCAGCUGCCAUACAGGAGUUUCUUAGGAUGCAUUCGGAUGCUGUCAAUAGGCCCUGCUUCCAAGAAACUGUAAGCACAGAUGAGCACAUUGCCACAGAUACAUCACACAGUGAUGGUGACACAGGUGUUCCUGGUUCCACUGUUCUUCAAAAACAGCUGCUUCUACCUGAAAUCCCAGUGGAUCAGAACGCUGCAGAGUCCUGGGAGUCUUUAGCGGAGGAUCUGCUGGAGCUGGACGGUUUAGUAAAUGAGUUCUCCGCCAUUGUUCAUGCUCAGCAGGAGAAGAUUGACAGCAUCGAGGCAAACGUUAGCAUAGCAGCCGCUAAUGUGGAGGAGGGGACCCAGAGCCUGGGGAAGGCAGCCCGUUCGAAGCUGGCGGUUUUGCCGGUAGCCGGUGCAUUCGUGGGGGGAGUGCUGGGGGGACCGCUGGGACUGUUAGCAGGGUUUAAAGUGGCGGGGGUCGCUGCUGCCGUUGGGGGUGGACUGCUCGGUUUCGCCGGGGGCAACCUGAUCCAGCGAAAGAGGAAAGAUCGAAUCGAGGGGCAUCUGCAACAGCUCAAAAGCAACAACAACAGUAACAACGACCACGAACAUAGUCAAUAACACACUCAAAGCACAUUUGUUUUUGUAGACAGAACACGGAGGAGCUGGCGACCCACACACUUUCAGACAAAAACACCAUACCCUCAACAUACAUAACCCAGAAAACAUAACCACAACUGCAGAGGAACUCCUACAUGCAAUGCAAACACGCACAUGCAUGGGAACAUGCUGCACCAAGUGGACUGGCUGAUUUUCCUUACAUUAAACCGCCUUAAUUCAUCAACCUCCUCUGUGCCAAAGCAAAGAAGGCCUUAUUCCAUCUCAUCUGUGGCCAAACUGCUGAUUUUGUCAUUUGAUAUUAGCAUUAAAAAUGUGAAUAAUUAUAGGUGAUUGUUGUGUAAGGACUAUGUGAAUUUUGGUAUUUUUAAAUAAUUAUUGAUUACAGAGAUGUACAACAAGAUCGGUUAUAUAUACUGAGCAGCUUCAGAAUAGAGGACCAGCUUAUUGUAACUAAUCAAGCGUCAUGGCCUGAUUUAACUCAUUUAAAGGGGCAGUUCACCCAAAAAUUGUUAUAAUUUUCUCACCCUCAAGUUGUUCCAAAUCUGUAUCAAUUUCUUUGUUCUGAUAAACACAGAAAAAUUAUUUGGUAGAAAGCUUGUAACCAAACAGUUUUUGGCCACCAUUGACUCCCAUAGUAGGAAAAAUUACAAUGGUAGUCAAAAGUGCCCCAGAACUGUUUGCUUUCCUACAUUCUUCAAAAUAUCUUCUUUUUGUUUAACAAAACAAAGACAUUUAUAAAGCAAGUUUUCCUACUAUGGUUGUUAAUGGUGGCCAAGAACUGUUUGGUUACAAGCAUUCUUCCAAAUAUCUUUCUUUGUGUUCAGCAGAACCAAGAAAUUUAUACAGAUUUGGAACAAUUUGAGGGUGAGUAAAUGAUGACAUCAUUUUCAUUUUGGGUGAACUGUUCCUUUAACAACGUUUUGCUAGGCUGCUAACAGUGUACUUUACAAAUGAUCAAAGUACCCAAAAUACCCACAUGCUGUAUUGUAACUAUGAUGGGGUUCUUUUUCCAUUUUGUUUUUGGGAAGGUAUAUAAUUGAAAUAUUGAUGAUCUGCAGCACUGUUGGGAAUGGGAUUGAAGACGAAGUGUAAUAGUGGCCAAUUACAUCUCUUUCCUCUAUAACACUAUUAACACGUGGUACUAAAUGAUAAUUAACAGCUAGCCACUGUAGAGUUUAGAGAUAAUUGUCACAAAUUAUCAGUUAUUUUGCCUUAACUUCGUGAUAUUUCACCCAAAAAUGAAAAUUCUGUCAUCAUUUACUCAGCCUCUUGUCAUUUCAAACAUGUAUGAUUUUUUUUCCUUCUGCAGAACACAAAAGAUGAUAUUUUGAAAAACUUGCAUUGGUUUUGUGUCCAUACAAUAGAAGUGAAUGGGGGCCAGUGCUGUUCUGUAACCAAAUUUCUUCAAAAUAUCUUCUUUUGUGUUCUGCAGAAGAAAUAAAGUCAUAAAGGUUUGAAAUGACAAGAGGGUGAGUAAAUGAAGAAAGAAUAUUUAUUUUUGGGUGAACUAUCCCUUUAAUUGUGAUACUUAACAUUAAACAUUUCCGAUAUCGAAGAAAAUCUCAGGCUGCUUAGACAAUUUUAUUUGUAACACUUUUUAUAUGAUAAGCUAUCGUAAUGGAUGUCAAUCAAAACUGAAAUUGUUUUAUUCUUACCAUUAUUGGUCUUUAUGGCAAUACGUAUAACACUUAUGAAACGUGUGAUUUAUAGCUACAAGUAUUUACCAGACAAGUUAUAAUAAAAGUCACCCAGUAAUAAAUCAUUGUUGCACAUGAGGAAGAAUUGUUUUUUGGCAUAAUGUUUGUGAUGUUAGUAAUGUUGUGGUGAGAAAAAAAACCUACAAAAAUAAUGAUAUAAAUGAUGCCUCAUAUAAUCUGUCAUUUCUUUAUUAUUUUUUGGUUUUGUUUGCAAGCGAUGCAUCUCACAACAGUGUUUUUGUCGAGAUGUAUAUGAUUGAUACAGCUCAGGUGAAAAAUCCUCAUAAAGGUUUAUUGUUGUCCAGGCUGCUCAUGUCUUUGUGUACCGCUGCUACUAUUGGGAUGAAGGAAUAGGUGAUAGAUUUUGGUGAGGUUUCCCUGUAAGGCUUUGAUAACGCAGGCCUCCGAGAGGCAAAUCUAAUACUGAAAUCAAUGCAGUGUGAGAGCUCCUUCAGCACAAACAACAUUUAAAUGUUAUUUGAUUAUAGUCCUGAAGGACUGGCAGCAAAGCUGAACAAUAGCCUUUUGUGGUUUAUCGAUCCUUAUUUUAGUCGCACUUGUCAAAAACAGGAAAAUAAAACACUGCGUUGUCCAACGGUAGCUCCAUCGUGUCCUUUUUUGUAUUUGCUUUGUGUGUGACUGAUUCAGAAUCAGUUAUAGUUACAUUAUUUCUGUAGUAAUUAACACUUUUUAUUUUUUAUUUUGUUUACAUCUGCCUCACUAUAAACAACCCCCAGUCUCACGCAUUAGGGCUGGUUUUGUUUUGUGGGGUGUGCGGGGAUCCCCCCACAAACACAAAACCCGGUCUGAGAGGCACGCCGGCCCCCACGCCUUCCUCAUAACACAACACGCUGGACUUCCCCUACGAAGGGACGAGCGAGCGUGUCCUCAGCAGCACAUGUAAGCCACUCUGUGCGUGAUACGCGAGUGCUGAGCCAUGCAUGUGUUUGACUGCUCGGGAGGGAAAGUCCCAGAUGACUGACCUGAACAAAGAAAGCAAUGUGCUGCACUUUCUAUAUACUGCCCGUAUGUACUCAAAUGGAAAAUAUAGCAGGCCAUCUGUGGUGCGCUGUGAUGUAAUCUCCAUAGGCGAUGUCAUGUCAUGGGUUUCUGCUGUGGGUGGGAAGAUGUUACAUGACGUCAGGGACCGUUUUUGUAGUCUCACUGAAACACCCACUUCUUAUCAUUUCCAUUUUACUAUAAAGGAGUAACUAAAGAUGAUAAAGGCCAUCUUUGAUGUCUGCAAGAAAGGAUGUGGAAAAACCAUGGUUACAGUGCGUCAGCCUCACUGCAAGGUAUAAAGUUUGUAGUUAUAGAAAGCUACAUAUUUUGUGUCUUUUUGGUGAUAUUACAGUUUUUCAAGUUUUUAGCCUAUCAGUAGCCUGUCUGCUAGUUUGGCUUUUUUUGUGGCACAUUUCGAACACAUUUGAAAUGAAAAUUCAUUAAUCAUUUAUUCACCCUUAUGCCAUCCAAAACCUGUAUGUGACUCUUUCUUUUGUGGAACACAAAAAAGAUAUUUUGAGAAUCGUUUCACUGGUUGUUUUAUACAAUGGAUGUCAAUGAGUGAUAAUGUGCUACACUAUUACGUGAUACUCUUUUGAAACUAUUUUACAUUUUUAUAACUCGUCUU